CCAGCUCAAAGUGCCACGACUUCACAGCAGACCGAGGAUUCUCCAGCGGAGUGAGGAGGAGAGCACUGGAAAAAAGACAAGUUAGCCAGAUAGCUGGACAUAUAAGUAGCUUUGCCCAGAAGCCACUUCAUCUACAAGUCGACCUCAGUAUAUUCCCUUUGAAGCGAGCAGACGUAGCGUUUUCAUCGCCGGGGUUAACUAAAACUUUGCCAUGGAUAUCUAUGACCCCCAGACCCUUGGGAUUAUGGUUUUUGGUGGAUUCAUGGUGAUCUCUGCUGUCGGGAUUGCCCUUGUCUCCACCUUCUCUAUGAAGGAGACCUCUUAUGAGGAGGCCCUCGCUAAACAGCGCAGAGAACUGGGUAAGACACAGUCUGUUCGCACUGAGAAAAAGAAAAAGGACAAAGUGUCUGAGAAGAAGAACCGUGGAAAGAAGAAAGAUGAAAAGCCCAAUGGGAAGAUCCCAGAGCAGGAGAAAACUGAAGACGUUUCUGAAGGCGACGCUGACACCGAUGCUGACAUAGUCAGUGAGGGUGUAACUGCGCCAACUGUAGCUCUGUCUGUUCCUGAGCCUGUCUCCACUUUUGAAGUUGCAGCAGAGAUGCAGCCCAAGUCUGCUGCUGAACCGAACCCAGCUCCUGAGCCCUCACCUGCACCUUCACCUAAAGAGAAGAAGAAGAAGCAGAAAGUGGCAAAGGUUGAGCCAGCUUCAACCCCGUCAUCUGUAGUCAUGUCUGAACCAAUCAAGUCCUCUGCAGCUUCUGCCGUAACCCAGGCUCCAGUCUCUGCCCCGACUAAGGUAACUGCUCCAUCCUCUGCACCUGCCCCAGCCAAGGCCGCUCCUCCACCUGCUUCAGGCAAGGCCGCUCCUCCACCUGCUUCAGGCAAGGCCGCUCCUCCACCUGCUUCAGGCAAGGCCGCUCCUCCACCUGCUUCAGGCAAGGCCGCUCCUCCACCUGCUUCAGGCAAGGCCGCUCCUGCACCUGCUUCAGCCAAGUCUGCACCUGCACCUGCUUCAGCCAAGUCUGCACCUGCACCUGCUUCAGCCAAGUCUACACCUGCACCUGCUUCAGCCAAGGCCACUCCUCCACCUGCUUCAACAAAGUCUGCUUCUGCUCCAACUCCUACAGCAGCCAAGUCCUCUUCAACCAAAUCUUCUGCUUCUGCUGCUCCUGCAUCAGCUAAGCCUGCCCCUGUCACAUCCAAAUCUGCUCCAGCCCCAGCCAAGUCUGUACCAGCUCCAUCUAAAACUGCGCCGGUGCUGGAGGCUGUCACUAAAGAUGUCCCAGUGAUGGCUGUGCCCCCGGUGGGAUCCCAGCAGGCUCCUGCUGUUGCAGCAAAAGCACAAGAACCCAAGAAAAAGGCAUCAAAGAAGAAGACUGAGCCUGUUGCAGCAGUGGAUUCUGCCGAUGCUCCGCUGUACCUGCCCUAUAAGGCCCUGGUAUCCACCAUCAGCAGCAUGGUGUUCAGUGAGGGAGAGGCACACAGGCUCAUCGAGAUCCUGUCUGAGAAAGUUGGCAUCAUCCAGGACACCUGGCACAUGGCCACUCAGAAAGGAGACCCAGUGGCCAUGCUGAAGAAGCAGCUGGACGAGCGAGAGAAGCAGCUGGUAGCAGAGCAAGAGGAUGCUUCCGCAGUAAAGAACCGUCUCAGAGAGCUCACCAAGGAGUUGUCUGCUGAGAAGGCCAAGGUGGCAAGCGUGGAAACGAGGCUGAGUUCUCAACUGAGUAAGAGAGAGCAAGAAAUGGUUGCUCUGCAGGCUCGCAUGCAGGCCAGCUAUCAGGACCACGUAGCCCAAACGCAGAGACUCAAUGCAAAGAUCCUAAGCCUUCAGGACCAGCUGGAAAAAGGCCCCAAUGCCCAACUUGCUCGCCUACAGCAGGAGAACUCCAUCCUGCGUGAUGCGCUCAACCAGGCUACGAGUCAAGCCGAGAGCAAACAAAAUGCAGAGCUGGCCAAGCUGCGACAGGAAUGCACAAAGUUAACCAAGGAACUUGGAGAGAAGACAGAGAGUGUGCUUGCAGAUGAGAACAUAAGGAAAGGGCUGGAAGCCAAGGUCUCUGCUGCUGAGAAGCAGCUCUCACAGCUUCAGACCAGCCACGCAGAGAAAGAACAGGCAUUGCAGAGGAAAUUGGAGGAGGUGUGUGAGGAACUCAGAACAACACAGAGUAGAAAUGGCAGCCUGCAGGCAACUUUGGACAAGGCCCAACAGGACAGUGGCACACUCUCAGAGUUUCAAGUACGUGUUAAGAAGUUGGAGGCUGAGCUCAAGGAGCGUUCUGCUCAGGUGGAUGCCUUCACUGUCCAGCUGGAGGCGACAAAGAAAGAGAAAAGCCAGCUUGAACAGCAGGUGGCAUCAAUCAACUCGCUGUUGGAGGCCAGUCAGAGUAAAAAGGAGGAGGAUAACAAACAGGUGAACUCUGAAGAUGUGGAACAUCUAAAGCUCAGCUUGCAAGAGAGAGAGAGCCAGUUAAAUGUGCUUCACGAGGAACUGAAGCAACUGCAGAUAAAGAAGGAAGCUGCUGAGAACACUAUUGCUGAGCUUGAGCAAAGAAAUAAGAGUGAAGAUGCCAGUCAGGUCACAUCACUUCAGGAUGAACUCAAAAACCUCAAAGAAGAAAUGGUGACACUGAAGAACACACAACAGUCAGAUGGCUCUGCAGAGCUUGCACUACUACAGAACAGUUUGACUGAAAAGGAUGCUCUGGUCACGUCAUUACAAGAUGAACUGAGGGUAGCAAAAGAGAAGGUUGCCACUCACGCGAACACUGCGGCAGAACUGGCAGCUUUUCAAAAUGAAACCAAAGAAGCUCUCCAGACACUUUUCCCACAAAUACCUGUAGAGACAGAGCAGUUAAACUGGUUAAAAGUGUUUACACAGAACGCUCAGGGAGCUCUGAGCCAGCAGAGCCAGGAGUCUCAGUCAAGCACAGCACAUUCAGAGUUGCUUGAGAAACUGAAGGAGGCAGAGGAAAGCCAUGGUUCCCUGCAGGCUGAAUGUGAACAGUACAGGACAGUACUGGCCGAAACUGAAGGAAUGCUGAAACAUCUUCAGAAGAGUGUGGAGGAGGAAGAGCUCGUAUGGAAAUCCAAGAUGGCUAACUCAGAGGAACAGCUGCAAGAGGCUUUGCAGAAAGUCAGUAAGCUGGAGGCAGAAAACCAAAGUAUAGAACAGCUGAAGGAGCAGAUGAUGCUUCUGGAAGCCCAGCUGGAAAAGCAGACAGACAGUCAUCUAAUCUCAGAGGAGAUGGAGCAGCUGAAGCUGCAGCUGUCGGAGUGUCAGAGCCAGCUGGAUUUGGCCCGGAAGGAGGCCGAGGCACACAAGGAGGAGCUCGCACAGGUCAGACAGCAGCUGAGCGAGAUCACGCUGCGGGCCCAGCAAGAACAGAAUGGCCCGGCUGAGGCUCAACCCACUCAGGUCCAGAACGAGUUGAGCCAGACGGCAGAGAAGCUGCACGGGGAGGCGACCCACAGGCAGCAGCUCUCAGAAGAGUAUGAAAAGGCCCAGAAAACUGUAGCAGAACUUCAGGCUCAACUGGAUCUUUUAAAGGAUUCCUCAGAGUCGCCACAAUCCGACACUGAAGACGUAGCUCAGCUGAAGGAGCGCUUGGCGAAGGAGAAGAAACUGUCUAAAGACCUGGGCCAGGCAGCCACUAAGCUCCAGCAGCUUCUUAAAGCUACUCAGGAGCAGCUGACCAAAGAGCGGGAGACGGUGAGAACACUACAGGAGCACCUGGAGAACAAGGGAGAAUACGUGGAACUGAAGGAAGGAACGUCUGUGUGAGAGGAAGUUCACUGCAGACACUACAAAACUGCCAAAUAUGCCUUAUAAUUACCAUAGUUAUGCAUUCCAAAAAUUUCUUUUCUUGUACUGUAGUUGAUUGCAUUUAUUGCAGCUGUAGGAAUCAAGUAUUUGAUAUUUUUAAAAACAUUUCAAGCUAAGAUUAGAGGAGAUAAUCCUGCUGCAAUCUUUAUUGAAACCCACAUUCCCUCAACAAUUCUGGCUAUGUCAGAAGUUAUUUAUCCCCCUGCCUUAUAUUUCUGACAUUCCCCCAUAGUUCAGUGUUAAAAGGGAAACCAAAUGUACGUCAAACGUGCAUCAACCUGUGCAAUUACUUUGUAUGUCUUUUCUAUGUGGUUGAAUGAUGGGAACAUAAUGUGGUUCAUCACUGCAGGGCCUGCUUUUCCUCUGUAGCUGGUUGCCAUUAACACACAUUGAAUCUGAAUUUGUAUGAAUGAAUAAACUACAGUGUUGGCACUCUGUAAUUGUGUUCAGUUGCAUGUGUGUGUUGUUGCUGCAGUGCAGUCAAUGUAGGCAGGAAGCGAAGCAUAAUGGCACAAUUUUAUUUCCGGUAUGAUUAAAAACCACACAUCUUCAGUCAUGUGUCCUGCACAGUACAUUUACCUUAUGGCAUUCAAUAGAGUUUUUAUUGAUGUUGCACCGAUUCUCACAACAGUAGUCCCUGGCAUUGCACUACUGUAAAGGAUCCCAUGGUUUUAUAGAGGGAAAACUCCACUUAUUCUCUUUUUGUUUUUCUCUAAUUAUUCUCUAAACAAAGAUUGGGAAGAAAGAAAAACAUGAUAAGUUUUGACAUUUUGCUUAGGACCACUACACUCUAAAUCAUUGUGUCAGGCUGAAAAGCUGUUUGCCAAACCUUUGCUGUGUGGAGAAAGACUACUGCUAGCUACCAGGAAGUCCUGUUAGACAGCAACAUGCGCAGUGUACAUUUGUCAUACAACUGAACGCAGAUAUGAAAUCCAGUCACAGUGCUCAGA